GCCAGGAAGGUCCCCUUCUCCACCUCCUCCCGGCGCCGGCGCCGUUUCUGGAAGGUUCGUGGAGGCGGUGGACGUACGCCGCUACUUCGCGGCCGGCAGGAAUCCGUAGCCAUCCGACCUUCCUGAGCCCUCGCAGACUUACCCAAGUUUGCUAUGCCAGAGAAUGUGGCACCCCGAAGCGGGGCGCCCGCUGGGGCUGCUGGCGGCCGUGGAAAAGGCGCCUACCAGGACCGCGACAAGCCGGCCCAGAUCCGCUUCAGCAACAUUUCCGCGGCCAAAGCGGUUGCUGAUGCUAUUCGAACAAGCCUUGGACCAAAAGGAAUGGAUAAAAUGAUUCAAGAUGGAAAGGGUGACGUGACCAUAACAAACGAUGGUGCCACCAUUUUGAAACAAAUGCAAGUAUUACAUCCAGCAGCCAGGAUGCUGGUGGAGCUGUCUAAAGCUCAAGAUAUAGAAGCAGGAGAUGGCACCACAUCAGUGGUCAUCAUUGCUGGCUCUCUCUUAGAUUCCUGUACCAAGCUUCUUCAGAAAGGGAUUCAUCCAACCAUCAUUUCUGAGUCGUUCCAGAAGGCUUUGGAAAAGGGUAUUGAAAUCUUAACUGACAUGUCUCGACCUGUGGAACUGAGUGACAGAGAAACUUUGUUAAAUAGUGCAACCACUUCAUUGAACUCAAAGGUUGUGUCUCAGUAUUCAAGUCUGCUGUCUCCAAUGAGUGUAAAUGCAGUGAUGAAAGUGAUUGACCCAGCCACAGCUACUAGUGUAGAUCUUAGAGAUAUUAAAAUAGUUAAGAAACUCAGUGGGACAAUUGAUGACUGUGAAUUGGUGGAGGGGCUAGUUCUCACCCAAAAAGUGGCGAAUUCUGGCAUAUCCAGAGUUGAAAAGGCUAAGAUUGGGCUUAUUCAGUUUUGCUUAUCUGCUCCCAAAACAGAUAUGGAUAAUCAAAUAGUAGUUUCUGACUAUGCCCAGAUGGACAGAGUGCUGCGAGAAGAGAGAGCCUAUAUUUUAAAUUUAGUGAAGCAGAUUAAAAAAACAGGAUGUAAUGUCCUUCUCAUACAGAAGUCUAUCCUAAGAGAUGCCCUUAGUGAUCUUGCUUUACAUUUUCUGAACAAGAUGAAGAUUAUGGUGAUUAAGGAUAUUGAAAGAGAAGACAUUGAGUUCAUUUGUAAGACAAUUGGAACUAAACCAGUAGCCCAUAUUGACCAGUUCACUGCUGACAUGCUGGGUUCUGCUGAGUUAGCCGAGGAGGUCAAUUUAAAUGGUUCUGGAAAACUGCUCAAGAUUACAGGCUGUGCAAGCCCUGGAAAAACAGUCACAAUUGUUGUACGUGGUUCUAACAAGCUAGUGAUUGAAGAAGCCGAGCGCUCCAUUCAUGACGCCCUGUGUGUUAUUCGCUGCUUAGUGAAGAAGAGAGCUCUUAUUGCAGGAGGUGGCGCUCCAGAAAUAGAGUUGGCCCUAAGAUUGACUGAAUAUUCACGAACACUGAGUGGUAUGGAAUCCUAUUGCGUUCGUGCUUUCGCAGAUGCUAUGGAGGUCAUUCCAUCUACACUAGCUGAAAAUGCUGGCCUGAAUCCUAUUUCUACAGUAACAGAAUUGAGAAAUCGGCAUGCCCAAGGAGAAAAAACUUCAGGCAUUAAUGUUCGAAAGGGUGGUAUUUCCAACAUUUUGGAGGAAAUGGUUGUCCAGCCUCUUUUGGUUUCAGUCAGUGCUCUGACCCUAGCAACUGAAACUGUUCGGAGCAUUCUGAAAAUUGAUGAUGUGGUAAACACUCGAUAAUCUGGGUUACACUGGCAGACCAGCAUCAUGGCCACCAGUGAUGUGGCAGGAAUGGAAGAUGACCACCUUGGUUUUUCCUUGUUGUCUUGAAGAUUGUUUCCUCUAUGAAUUCCUGGAUUUGGUCUUCUAGUUGGCAUUUGCUUGAAAUUGUAUGAAGCAGUUUAAUGAAAAUUAAAUAUUUGGUUUCAAAAGGCAGGUUAAUUUAUUCCCCCCUAACAUUGUAUUAUUUCUGGUAGUUUUGAAAAACCUGUAUGAACCACACACACCCCCAAAAAGACUUUACCUUUCCAUGACUAUCUUAUGACUGUCCUGAGUAUUUUACUAAUUAUAUUCUACAUAGGCAUUUAUCCUGUUGAUGUUUUUUAAAAAACAGAAAUGUGUACAAGAACAAAAUGUCCCAAUAUAAUAUGUUUAUUAUUGAUAAAUGCACAUUGGCAUAAAAGACAUCUAAGCAUAAUAUAUAUGGUGUUCUAAAAAUUGACAAUACAGAAAAAUACAAAGUAAAAAUAAAAGCCUCCCUUUAAUCCCUUUCUCUAAGAAUAAUCAUUGUGUUAAUUGGGAUUCCUUCUAUAAAGAAAAGUGUAUUCUGGGCUGGGGUGUUGCCCAGUGGUAGAACAUGCUUGCCUAGUGUGUAUGACAGUGUUCAAUCCCUAGCACUUCAAAGAAAAAAAAAAAGUAGACUUAACCAGUAGACCACUGUAGGCCAGGCUAGAGUUUCUCACCAUAAAUAGUGUAAAAUCUAACUUGUCUCCACCUUUGCUUUAGCCACUUUAUUCUGCAUAAAUUUUAGGUAGUGGUCUUCUAAACUUUGUCAGGCACUCAACAAGCUUUCACGCCUUUAGAUAAAGGCCAUACUUUUAAGGUAGACCACAUAUUUGUCCUACAUAAUUUGGUGUUU